AUGCAAGGCCUGACGGCACCAAUACUACACUUCCUGGCCGCAAACUGGCUACCAGUCCUCAUCGCCAUCACAGCAGCAUGGCUAGCCCGGAACCGGUACCAAAAGGGACUGCACAAGUACCCAGGGCCGUUCUUGGCGUCUCUGACGGAUUUAUGGCGAUUUUGGGAUGUAUACAAGCAGCGGCCAGAGGUCACACAUCGCAAGCUGCAUGAAAAGUACGGCGACGUGGUCAGACUAGGACCUAAUUCGCUUUCCUUUUCCGAUCCCAAGGCCCUCAAGGCCAUUUACGGACUGAACAAGAAUAUGGUCAAGUCCGACUUUUACAUCGUCCAACAGUCCGUCGUCAACGGCCGGCGCCUCCCGUCCCUCUUCAGCACCGUGGACGAGUCGUUCCACGCCAAGUUCCGACGCUGCGUCAACGCGGCCUUUGCCAUGUCGGCCCUGGUGCAGUACGAGCCGUUUGUCGACAACACGACCAAGCUCUUCCUCGACCAGACCCAGCGUCUCUUCGCCGACAAGCCGGCCGGCGACGACAGCGGCUGCGACUUUGGGCGCUGGCUGCAGUUUUAUGCGUUUGACGUCAUCGGCGAGAUCACGUACAGCAAGCGGCACGGCUUCGUCGAGAAGAACGAGGACAUCGACGGCAUCGUCGCGUACCUGUCCAAGCUGUUCCUCUACGUCGCGCCCGUCGGCCAGAUGCCCUUCCUCGACCUGCUCUUCCUCAAGAACCCAAUCUACCUCAGGCUGUCGCAGUGGGGGCUGUUCGACUCGACCUUCCCCGUGGCCAGGUUCGCGCGCGCCCGCAUGGCCGAGCGUCUACCAGCGGGCGGCAGCAGCAUGAACGGCGGGUUCGGGGCCGGGGCGGACGAAAAGGCCGCCGCGGAGCCGCCGCACCCCACGACCAAGUCCCCGGACCUGCUGUCCAAGUUCCUGGCGGCGCAGGAGGCGCGGCCCGACUUCAUGGACGACUCGCUCGUGCAGACCAUGGCCGUGUCCAUGGCCUUUGCCGGCUCCGAGACCACCGCCAUCAGCCUCAGCGCCGUCUUCUACAACCUGCUGCGGAACCCGGGCGCCAUGGCCCGGCUGCGGCGCGAGAUCGACGACGCGGCCCGCCGCGGCGCCUUUGAAGAUUACCACACCGGCCUCGUGACCUGGCACGAGAGCCAGCGCCUGCCGUACCUCGACGCCUGCGUCAAGGAGGCCUUCCGCGUCCACCCGGCCGCCGGCCUGCCGCUGGAGCGGGUCGUGCCCGAGGGCGGCAUGGAGAUUGCCGGCCGCUUCGUGCCCGGCGGCACCAUCGUCGGCGUUUCCGCUUGGGUCAUCCACAACAACAAGGACAUAUUCGGCGAGGAUGUCGACGUCUACCGGCCCGAGAGGUGGCUGGUCGACGAGGAGCUGGUCAAGGCGGCCGGGCCGGCUGGGGAUGAGGUUCGGGCGCGCGAAGAACAGCGCAUCAAGGAGAUGGGGGGCAUGAUGAUGCAGUUCGGCAUGGGGUCGAGGACCUGCAUCGGCAAGAACAUCAGCCUCUUGGAGAUUUACAAGCUGGUGCCGAGCUUGCUGAGGCGGUUUGAGAUUGAGUUUAAAGACCCAGAACAAGAAUGGCAGCUGGUCAAUGCUUGGUUCGUCAAGCAAAACAACUUUUGGGCCAGGUUCAAGACGAGAGAGCUGGUGCAUCCCGAGGAGAAGAGAAGCGCAAUUGCUGCGGAACCUGCGGUCGAGGCUGGCUAA